GCGCUCUCAUCUCUCUCUUGCCAGCACUCGUGUGGCCUGCGUGUUCUCGUUUUUUGCCCUUUGGCUGCACAGCGAAUAGACAUGAUUGCAGUUCAGCAACCCGUGCCUCUUCCGGAUGCCCUUCAGGUCCCUUCCAAUGCCCCAGAACACUGUCCGGGCACUCAAUCAGAGCUAGCAGGGAAAGCUGAUGCCUGUGCUGGAUGCCCCAACCAAGAUGUCUGCGCUUCUGGAGCUACUCGCGCACCUGAUCCGGCAGUGCCACUAGUCCGCGAGCGGAUGGCGACGGUGAAGCACAAGAUCUUGGUUCUCUCUGGAAAGGGUGGUGUAGGAAAGUCGACAUUCACUGCGCAGCUGGGAUGGGCAUUUGCGGCAGACGAAGACGCUCAGACGGGGAUUAUGGAUGUGGACAUUUGUGGACCCUCGAUACCUACUAUCCUCGGUAUCGCAUCUGAACAGGUACAUUCGUCGUCGUCCGGCUGGUCACCAGUAUAUGUUCAAGAUAACCUAGGCGUCAUGUCCGUCGGCUUCAUGCUUCCAUCCUCCAAGGAUGCUGUCAUGUGGAGAGGUCCGAAGAAGAACGGCUUGAUCUCGCAGUUCCUCAAGGAUGUCGACUGGGGCAACCUCGAUUACCUGAUAGUCGACACCCCGCCUGGCACGUCAGACGAGCACUUAAGCAUCGUGUCAUACCUGAAGGAGAGCGGCAUCGACGGCGCGGUGCUCAUCACGACCCCUCAAGAAGUCGCCCUGCAGGACGUGCGGCGCGAAAUCGAUUUCUGCCGCAAGGUUGGCAUCCGGGUGCUCGGUCUUGUGGAGAACAUGUCCGGCUUCGUCUGUCCUAACUGCAAGAACGAGUCGCAGAUCUUCAAGCCCAGCACGGGUGGCGGCCGCCGACUGGCAGAAGACAUGAAAGUGCCCUUCUUGGGAGCAGUACCGUUGGAUCCACGCAUAGGCAAAAGUGCAGACUAUGGAAUCAGCUUCCUCGAUGAAUACCCCGAUAGCCCUGCUACAACCGCAUACCUCGAUAUCAUCGACAAGAUCAAAGAGCAAUUGGAGAACUAGCUCGUGCACAUACUUCAUUUGUUGCAUCAUCAGGAAUCAUGCGUGUAUCCAUAGUACAUUUGUUGCAUUAUCUACACCUUGGAAUAUAAAUACAGGGUCCAUCUGAUUUCGUUCUAGGGUAGUCUAUUGUGUCGUGUUCUAGAUUUGCAAGUUGUUGUCCCGCAACCCCACAAAGAAGGCUACGAACCUCAUAGCGUGAACCGCCGCUCCUUGUCGUUCUCCUCUGGACUCGGGCUCUCUGUGCUCUCCGUGCCUCUGAUCUCCCGCGGCACCUCCGACCGGACCGCCUCGUCGCCCGUCCGCUGGUCCUGCACGAUGUACUUGCCGAUCGGGUUCACGUCCGCGAGCCCACCCGCCUUGCCCUCCGCUGUCUCGUACACCGAGAGCGUCGAUAACGUGCGCAACAACCGGCGUACCUCCGCGGGGCCUACGACAUCGGAUUGGCCACCCAUGGCGUACAUCGACGCCGUGCGAUGCCGAGCCGGUACAACGUACUCGCCUGUAGACGGAAACGCAACAGUACUCUUGCCCAGUAGUUGCUGCUGCUGCAUGUCGUCUCCGGCAGGUGGCUGGCCCACUGGCGGGGUAGUGGCCUGCUUAAUUGAGUACGUCGAGCUCGUACGGGAAGGGUGCCCGAAGAUCGAGCGGCGCGAGUAUUUGAUUACGGGGUCGCUCGUGCCAGGGAACGCGACGCUGCCCUCUGGUAUACUCGGGUGCAUCGUGCCUGGCUCCAUGCUCGCCUUGCGCGAGACAUUCGGUCUCCCAAUGGAAUCAGAGGAAUGCACACGAGCGAGCUGACCGUGGGUGAGCAUAGGUGAGUCUGCCGAGUCUGUCGCCUCGAUAUCCUCGUCGAUGAGAUGUAUCCGGCUGCCUUCUGUCGUUUCGUAAAGAUUCCGCACUUCUCUUCGGCACGAGUACACCUCGUGUACGAGUGCAUCUCGGUACUGCUCUAGUGUCUCGAGCUCUUCGAUGGCGCACCACCUAUCGAACUUUCGUUGACAAGUCGGCUCAUCGUCCUCGUCGUGGUACGUCGCGAGCCAUGGGUGCGCUAGUGCUUCUGCUGCAUUUGGCCGAUCCACUGGGUCGAAUGCUAUGAGACGACCCAGGAAGUCUAGAGCUGGA